AAAAUAGAAAAAAAUAUUCCAAAGAGCGUAAACAUGGCCUCGCGGUAUAAUCACGCUAUUCAGCGAGUUUUAGCAAAAUUAGAAGCAUCUGUAAAUUCGGAAAAUUAUUAUGAAGCUCAUCAAAUGUAUAGAACUUUAUACUUCAGAUAUCUUGGACAGAAAAAGUAUUCGGAACUUUUGGAAUUACUAUACAAUGGUUGUACACUUUUAUUACAGCACGAACAACAUGCAAGUGGAGCUGAUUUAGGAAUUUUAUUUGUAAAUGUUUUAACACAAUCAGGAACAGAACCUUCUCAAGAUUAUUUUGAAAAAAUUACAAACUUGUUUAGUAUAAUGAGUCCUUUAUCACCUGAAAGAGAUGUUUUUGUACAAUCUGCUCUUCGAUGGAGUAUAAAGAAUACAGAUUAUAAAAUAGGUCAUCCAGAUUUGCAUCAAAAGAUAGCACAAGUAUUUUGGAGAGAAAAAAAUUAUGUAAUGGCAAGACAACAUUUCAUAUAUAGUCGAGAUGGUUCUGGAUGUGCUACAAUGCUUGUUGAGCUUCAUGAACAACGUGGUUACAAAAAUGAAAUAGAUCUUUUUAUAGCCCAGGCAGUUUUGCAAUAUCUCUGUUUACAAAAUAAAACAACUGCACAAGAAGUUUUCAAUUCUUAUACUUCACAACAUCCGAAAAUAAACAGAGGUCCACCAUAUCUUCUACCUUUAUUGAAUUUUUUAUUUUUUUUAUUAAAAAUAGUUGAUAGUGGUAAACUUGCUGUAUUCACAGUACUUUGUGAGCAAUAUCGAAUAUCUUUAAAUAGAGAUCCAUGUUAUCGACAGUACUUAGAUAAAAUAGGACAAUUAUUUUUUAAUGUUCCAUCCCCACGUCCUCGCAAUCAAGGAUUAUUUGGUACACUUUUACAAUCUUUUUUUAAUGGUCUUGAAGAUGAAGGUUCAGAUGAUGAACAAAGAAAUAUUGCUUCAACUUCACAAACAGCACAAGAGCUUGAUUGAUUAAAAGUUACACGUCACUGUGCAAUGUGAUGAAAGUAAAUAAUUAACUUAUAUAUGUGUAUAUAUAUAUAUGUGUGUGUGUGUGUGUGUGUGUGUGUGUGUGUGUGUGUGUGUGUGUGUGUGUGUGUGUGUGUGUGUGUG